UCCCGCCAUUGAAACCCUCCCAUUUUGUACACACCCUAAAUAAGUUCAGUCUACAGCCCUAUCCUAUGAAUGCUAAAUUAAAUUUAUACCAAUGAAUAAUCCAUCGAAUUUUAAAAACUAUCCAUGUAAAUAUUUGGUAAACAUUUAAUUGUUACUCAUCAAUUCGCCUCGAUUGUUUAUAAAUACCAGUGUUGUUUUUAAAAAAUAUCUGAAGCUCAACAUAGGGAAUGAUGACAGAUCAUAUGACAACAUUUUGAAUUUACUUCCGUGUAAAUAUUCGUUAGUUAUAACAUCAAGGUUAAAGUUGAGAGAACUUGUAGGAUACUACAACUAAUGUUGAGAAAAAAAAUGAACCACUGUUCUACAAUGUCAAGAUUAACGCAACUAUGGAAACAAUUAACAGAGAGUAAUGCUUAAGGGCGAAAAACUUUAAAAUGAAUAUUAUGAAUGGAGAUGAGGACGGACUUUAUAACUAUUAUUUCCACAACAUUCAAAAUUACUGCAAAAAUGAUUGAUCGUUAGUUAGCUAUUAUGGACAAAAGUAAUAAAAACUUUUCAAGUGCUAGCGAUAUAUCGCUACCUGUUCUUUACUUUAUGAUGGCCUCGGUCUUCUUUUUCUCUGGAUGCUUCUGGAUUUUGGUGCUGAAAAAAAGCAGGUACCGAGUAGUGAACGCGCACUAUUUAAUAGCAAUUUUGCUAUUUCUAAAAUCAUUCUCUCUACUGUUUCAUGGAAUCAACAAUCUCUUUGUAAAGACAAAAAACAAAUACGUAGCGACCUGGGCGAUUCAUUACUCAUCUCAUUUGCUAAACGAAUCAGUAAUAUGUUUAUUUGUAUCAAUCGUUCUGAUCGGAACGGAUUGGGAUUUUAUAAAGCGCAUUCUCGCUGAAAAAGAUGAAAAACUAUUCAGAAUUUUCAUAUAUCUUCAAGUACUGAUGAGCUUGGCAGAAAUAAUUAUAGAGGAAAGCGAUGACGGAGAGGUUGAAUACAAAACAUGGCGAGAUGUAUUUACUCUUGUGGACUCACUUUGUUAUGGAGUUAUUUUAUUGCCUGUGGUUUGGAGUAUUAAACAUUUAAAAGAGUCAGCGAAUAUUCGCGGUAUAACUGUCGUUAAUCACCAGAAGCUUAAUUUAUUCAGACACUUUUACAUCAUGAUCGUUUGUAACAUUUAUUUUCCUCGGAUAGUGAUAUAUUUUUUGAAGGUUACAAUACCAUUUAGAUACAAGUGGUUGGAAGAAUUGUUUAAAGAAAUGGCAACUUUUAUAAUAUUUGUGCUGAUUGGUUACAAAUUCCAACCAGCGAAUCGGCUUUUUAAAACUGAUGAUGAUAUUGGAAGUGAUGAUGAUCAAAUAGAUGUUGUUGUGACAGGUACAAGUGAAAUUACUCGAAGACUUUCAAAAAGAGCCUAAAAUAUUGAUGACUA